CUUCUGCUACUCCACAGCCAGAGAGGAAACCAAAGGACUCAAAUCAGCUCCAUUCAAGACAACUGAACACUUUUUAGACUGCAGAUAUUUUUCAUUCUGCUCGACUUCACAACAAGAUGACCAAUUUGUCGGAGAGAGCUCUUUUUGUCUUCUUUACAGCGCAGGUGUUGACACUUGUCUGCUCCCAGGUGUGCCCGAGGAGAUGCCCGUGUCCUAAGGAGCCCCCCAUGUGUCUCCCCGGGGUGCCUUUGAUCCUGGAUGACUGCGCCUGCUGCCUGGUGUGUGCGCGCCAGAAAGGGCAGGUCUGCUCUGAGAUGAACCCAUGUGACACGCAGAAAGGGCUUCAGUGUGAAUACUCCACCGACAUCCAUAAGAGGACUGGCAUCUGCACUGCUAAUGGAAGAAAUGUGUGUGUUUUGGACGGUUCUGUCUAUCAGAACGGCCAGACCUUCUUCCCCAGCUGUAAGUACCAGUGCAUGUGCCGCGAUGGACAGAUCGGCUGUGUGCCGCGCUGCAACGUGGACGUGAUGCUGCCCGGGCCGGACUGCCCCAUGCCCCGCAGGGUCCAGGUGCCUGGAGAGUGCUGCGAGAAGUGGGUGUGCGAGCCCCAGGCUGAGGCCAGCGCUCUGGGCGGCUUCGCCAUGGCGGCCUAUCGUCAGGAGGAAACAGUGAGCUUUGACAGUUGGGAUCCCAGCCUGAACUGCAUCGAGCAGACUACAGAGUGGGGCGCCUGCUCUCAGUCCUGCGGCAUGGGUGUGUCCACCAGGGUCACCAACAAGAACCGUCGGUGUGAGAUGGUGAAGCAGAGCCGACUGUGUAUGAUCAGACCUUGUGAGGACCAGCAGGACCAGAUGCAGCUGGCGCAGCUUGCACCAAAGAGAGGCAGUAAGUGUCAGAGGAUGGUGAGGAGCGACACGGCCGUCCACCUCUCCUAUAAAAACUGCACCAGCGUCCUGGCCCACAAGCCUCGCUACUGUGGCUCCUGCACAGACGGCCGCUGCUGCACCCCCCACAGAACCAAGACCGCCCUGGUGGAGUUCCAGUGUGCCAACGGCAAAACAACCAGGAGGCCGGUCAUGGUGAUCCUGACCUGUGCAUGCCACAGCCACUGCCCCCGAAACAACGCUGUGUGGCCGCCAUCAGAGCUGGGAUACAGCGGUUAUAGGUCAUAGAGCAGCUUCACUUUAAAACACGAGUUGCAUUAACUCUAAAUUUAAGAUUAAAAUAAGACUGUCCGCAGUGAAAAUAAGAUUUUAUCUGCUGAUUAUGGUCAGAAUCCUCUUUUGUGUGUGAGAUUAAGAACUGAAUAGCUCUGUGUUUUUCUCUCCUGGCGAGGGAUUGAGUUGUGUAACAUCCUGUGGACAAAAAAACAGUCAUCUUCUCUAGUGUUGAGUAGAAUCAAAGCACUUAAACCAUGUGAUGUAUUGAUUCUCUUCACUUCUGCAUACAGGUGGCUUAAACUACCAACCACUCACAGCAGGCUUAGGUUGGACAGUUGUUUGUAGGUGCUCUUAUAUUAUGAUGGUUAACUUAAAACGGCCUCUAUUCAAGAGGUAAAUAGUAUGAAGUUGUAUUGUUACAGGGUAGUGCAGAUGUAUAGUAGUGACUUGGCCAGUCAAGAAAACGUUUUUUUUGGGGUUUUUUUUGUUUUUUUUUAGAUUAAAAUCAUGAAACUACAGUGAGUUUUCUGCAGACUAAAUCAGAAAAAAACUUAAGCAAACCACUCCUCUUUCACAAUAAACCCCUAAUGUACUGUGACACUUUGACACCUUAAUCUAGAAAAAAAUAUAUAAUACUCUUGUACUCAUUACUUUCACUUUCACAAGGCAACAUAAAAUAAACGAUUUUAGGUUGAGCUGUUACGUUUUAAUGCCACUGCCAUGGAAAUGUGUCAACUAUGGGACGCAUUUUUUAAAUAACUGGAGUGUGUGCUUUGACCCGGUCCAGACUGAGGGCUCAGCCAAUCAAAGAGAGGUCACUGUAGUGACUGAGUGUCGUUUCUAACAUCGGCCUGAAAUCCUACCCCUGUUGUAAAAUGCAUAAUGUCUAUGCUUCCAUUAAUACAUGCAAUUUUUUAGGUCUAGAAAGGGUUUUUUUUGUUGUUUAAAGUAGUACACAUAAACAUCUGCUAUGUUUAUAAUGACAAAGGUUUUGUAAAUACUUGCUGUUUAGAUUUUUUGACUGAGUGUGUAUGAAAUACACAGCUUUAAUAGGUAACAAUGUCAACAUGAAGUGUAUAUAUUGGUAUGUGGUAUUGUUUUGCUUGUUUCUGUAUCUGAAUAAUACUGCAAAACUCAACAUUUGGAAAUAAAUUUGUAUUUUUUGUACCAAAGUUUUAAUCUCUUUAUUAUAGUCAACACUAAAAAAUGUUUUUUUCUUGGAUGCAAAUAAUUGGGUUGAUAAAGGUGAUGAUUUGUGUUUAAAUGAGAGCUACCUUCAGGCUGACUUGGUUGAUUUUAACCCAUAAGAACCCAGACCCAGUAAUCCUUAAAAAGGAAAAUUAUGGGGGAUAUACCACAGACCAAGUGGACCU